ACCAUCCAGUCCUCUACCUCUCAACCAACAUCUACUACAAGAUCUAUCUAUUCCUUUAACACCUUCUACUACAUAGUUUCAGUUACCGUACUACUACAACAUUCCUUUUCACACCAUUUUACACCACAAAAUUGCCAAAAUGUCCACCACAACCAUCUUCGUCUGCGGCGCAACCGGCACCCAGGGCGGCGCCGUGGCCACCAACAUCCUCAAAACCACCACCCUAAAAGCCCACGCCAUCGCCCGAAACCCUUCCUCUGCCGCUAGCCAGUCCCUCAAAGCAGCGGGCGUCACCCUCUUCCAAGGCGACUUCAACGACAAGGACUCCCUACGCACCGCAAUGCGCGGCUGCAAGGGCCUCUUCAUCAACCUCAUGCCCAACCUCGCCGAUAUAACCCAGGAGCUCUCCCAAGCCAAGCGCCUCCUCUCUGUUGCCAGCGAGGUUGGCGUCGAACAUGUCGUCUACGCGAGUGGGUUCUCCGUCGACCACCCCGAGCGUCGCCGGCACUAUAACCCCGACGGAUUCGUGACCAAGCUCCUGCUCAGCAAGCAACAGGUCGAGGAGGCGGUUCGCUCCGCGGGAUUCAAGUACUACACCAUCAUCCGGCCCGGAAACUUCAUGACCAAUGUGCUUGCCCCGCACGUAAGCAUGAUGUACGCGGGACUGGUCGAAAAGGCUGAGAUUACGACUGCGUUCACGCCCGACGUGGUCCUGCCCAUGAUCGACCCAAACGACAUUGGCAAGUUUGCGACAGCCGCGUUUCUUGAGCCGCAGCGGUUCAACGGGCAGGAGUUUGAGAUUGCGUCGGAGCUCAUGGGGUUUGAGGAGCUGGUUCGGGCUCUUGGAAGAGUUAUGGGGAGGGAAGUCAGGAUCCACUACAUGUCGCAGGAGGAGAUUGAUGCUCAGAUCCCCGGGAAUCCGUUUUUGGGAGGGCAGUUGAUGAUGCGGGAUAUGGUGGAUUGUGUUGAUAUGGAGAAAGUGCGCGCCUGGGGGAUUCCAUUGGGGACCUUUGGGGAGUUUUUGGAGAGGGAGAAUGGUCGUGUCAAGACGACUUAUGGGGUUUGAACAUGUUGCGUGAGCAUUGAGCAUUGCCUUGCAGCAUGGAUAUGUUUCUGUUUAAGAGUUAUAGAUGAAUUGGACUGCUUAGUUAACCAACUUCUAACCUGG